AUGGGUUCCUUUCUGCAGAUCCCGUACCGGGAAUCCCGUCACGGCAUCUGGGGCGAGCAGACGUCGACGCUCAACUGGUGUGAAGAGGUGCGUUUCCGAGUCAAUUUGUUCCGAGAGCGAUCUUUGCCUUCCAUUCGAUCGAUGUUGCAUUGCGCCUUGUCUGCGAGUUGGAGGGUUCCUGGCGCAGUGGCCGCAUCCGGCACGGUCCAGGUCUUGGCACAACUUCCUGUACCCUGUGGAACGGCCCCGUUAUCGAACAGGGACUACAACAUCACAUACUACUGCGCCGAGUUCGUCAACAGCAUAACCAAUCUCAUGUUCAUAUGGCUGGGCAUCCGAGGCAUUCGCGACUGCAUUCGGUUCCGGCACCGGCCCGUCUUUGUCGUGGCCUGCAUCGGCUACAUUGUCGUCGGUCUCGGCUCCAUAGCCUUCCACACGACAUUAAAAUGUGGGUGCAAGAUCUCGCUCCCUCCCUCUCGCCUUCACUGUCUAUUUGACUGCUUUUUUGUGACGUCUUAUGCUCACCCCCCAGACUCGAUGCAACUCGCCGACGAACUGCCCAUGAUCUAUGCCACGUGCAUCAUCGGCCACGCCACGUUUUCCUACGGCAAAUCACCUACCGUCUCCAAACUGAUUGGCCUUGGCCUUUUCAGUCUGGGCCUGCUCAUCACCGUCGUCUACCACGUCACCAAAGAGCCCGUGUUCCACCAGGUCUCGUUUGCCUGCCUGACGAUUGCCGUCGUGUUCCGCAGCAUGUACGACAUGGAGAAGACGCUGCGCCCAGCCCUCAAGAUUCGGAGCCCUGAGCGCGAGAGCGGCCUCAUGCGGCAGAUGUGGAAGAUGUGUCUAUCGGGCAUUGCACUGUUUUUGGUCGGCUUCUUCAUCUGGAACAUGGACAACAUCUUCUGUCUGUACCUGCGCUCGUGGCGUGACAUCUUGCUGCUGCCGUGGGCGGUCGUGCUCGAGGGUCAUGCGUGGUGGCAUAUUCUUACUGGACUCGCGUACUACUUCAUCAUGUGGCGUCUGUGGCUGCAUACGUGCCUGGACGGCAAGGAGGACGAGUUUGCGCUGCAGUGGAAGACAGCCCUGACUUCGAUUCCACGGGUUGUGCCUGUGUCGGACAUUGAACCGUCUGACGCCGCGUAUAAGGGACGCCGUCUCGAUUAA